AAUCUUUUUAGAGGCUCCGGCUAACUCUUAUUGCGUGUGGUGCAGGGAGAUGUCUCGGGGUCCUGUUGCUGAUUUUGACCUGAUGAACGCAUUGGAUUGGAAGGAAGGCAUAGCUACUCUUCCGGGGAGUCACAUUCGGUUUCGUCUCAGUGAAUUUGGGACUUUGGAUCUCAUCACAGAUUCUGACACCACUUCAUCUCCCCUAUCAACCACCAGCACCCACAAUCCUGGUGCAACACCACCCAGUGUUAGAAUUCCUUCUGCUGACAAAGACACAAAAUACAUCAUUGAGGAAACAAAGCAAGAGAUGGAGAAGAAGGAGAAUAUGGAAGAGAGAGAAAUCAAGGCUACCUCUGGAGAGGACCAAACGACGACACAAAUGCAUCCCACAGUAUCAUCAGCCGCUGGUGCAAGCAUAGACAACGAGCGUCCACAGAGGCUGCGCAAAAAGAGGAAACUUCUCAUGGACUCUGGGGAUGAAGAAGAAGGUGUGGAAGAAGAGGAGGAAAAGGGCAAGGUGACCCUGAAGGGUCGAAAACCUUCAAAGCAAAGCAAAUCAGCUGCUUCAUCAAAGAAAAAAUUAUGGAACUGGGUUUCAUACCUUGAAGAGGAGAAGGCACCUGCUGCUCCUCUCAAACUUUUCAAAGAGCACCAGUCUUUUCCUCAGUCACGGAAUAGUUUUAAGGUGGGAAUGAAAUUGGAAGGCAUUGACCCCGAGCAUCCAUCCUUGUACUGUGUUCUGACUGUAGUGGAGGUUCAGGGUUACAGAAUGAGGCUUCAUUUCGAUGCAUAUGCAGACUGUUAUGAUUUUUGGGUCAAUGCGGAUUCCCUUGAUAUUCACCCCGUUGGUUGGUGUGAGAAGACGGGACACAAGCUGCUACCUCCAAAAGGUUACAAAGAUGGGGAGUUUAAUUGGGCUUCAUACCUCAAACACUGUAAGGCCCAAGCUGCUCCAAAAACGUUCUUCAAAAGCUACAAUACGCCUGUCACACCAUCUGGGUUCCGCAUGGGUAUGAAGCUGGAGGCUGUGGAUCGAAAGAACCCUUCCUUACUGUGUGUGGCCACAAUUUCAGAUAUUGUGGAGAACAGAUUGCUUAUUCAUUUUGACAGCUGGGACCAUAGCUAUGAUUACUGGUGUGAUGCCACCAGUCCAUACAUCCGCCCAGUAGGAUAUUGCCAAGAUUAUGAAAUAACUCUGACCCCGCCACCAGAAUAUAAAGAGCCAAACAGUUUCUCCUGGGAAACUUACUUGGAGAAGACUGGAGCCCAGGCAGCCCCAGCAAGAGCCUUCAAGCCACGGCCUGUACACGGAUUUCAGCCUCAAAUGAAGCUGGAGGCAGUUGACCGGAGGAAUCCAAUGUUAAUUAGAGUUUGCACUAUUGUCCAAAGAGAGGAAAACUCCAUCAAGCUGCAUUUUGAUGGGUGGAGCGGCAUCUACGAUUACUGGGUGGAUGUGGACAGCCCAGAUAUUCACCCUGUGGGAUGGUGUGCGAAAACAGGACACCCCCUCCAGUUGCCUCCAGGUGCAGCAGAUGCCGCCUCAGUCCCUGGACAGGGCUGCCCCAUUGCUGGCUGCAAAGGAAUUGGGCAUGUCAGGGGACCCAGAUAUGGGACACACUAUACUGCUGUGGGAUGCCCUUAUUCAGAUGUUAAUAUGAGCAGGGAGAGCAUUUUACAGGAUCGCCUCAGUGGAGAGAGAACACUUGCAGGACAAAGUACAUCUAAAUCUAAAAGACCUGGAACUCCCAUCCCUACAACCGAGCACCCACCUGAGUUUCCUCCAUCUAGAAAGUCUCCACUUCCUAUAGAGGAAAGGUGGGGUCAAGGAAAUGUAUGGGAAAUGGCUGAGUGGCUAGAAGAAGAGCUUGAGACUAAACCACAACUUAAGAGGGGUGGCAACGCGUAUAUCCGGUUACAGCUGGUCAAACAGGAGUCGGAUGGCACCGACUGCGAAGUUAGUUUGGAACAGGCCUUGAGCCAGUCUGUAUUUAUGACAUCCCUGAAUUCUGAUCCUGGUCAUCGGAUCCACCUUUGUUGGCAACAGCAAUGUCACCUCCUUCCUGAAGUGUCUUCUUACACUGCCCAUGUUGUCAGCAAGUGGAGCGCAGAAGAGGUGUCUCGAUUUGUCCAGCAACUCCCUGGUUGUUGUGAACAAGCAUCUGUGUUCAAAGAUGAGCAGAUAGAUGGCGAGGCUUUCCUGCUGCUGACUCAAAGCGACUUGGUGAAGAUUCUGGGCCUAAAACUUGGACCUGCUCUGAAAAUCUACAAUUCUAUUCUCAUGUUCCACAAUUUGGCACAAGACUGAUAGUUAGACCCUCUAAGCGAACGUAGAAUAUUACGAACACUGACACAUUAUAAUUUCAGACAGAAAAGUCUCUGCUGGCCAAUAAGUGUGAUUGUGACAGAUCAUGAGGCAGAUCCUAUGGAUUGAGAGGCAGAUCCUGUGAGGAUUGUGUAUAUAUUUAUAUACUUGUAUAUAUGUUUGUAUGUAUGUGUACCAGGUUGAAGUCUUAUUACAAAAUAGUAUACCAUGAACUGAUUUUCUUGAGAUUAAGACUGGUUACCAAACUCAUGGUGCCUUAUUGAUUUUGUAUUCACUGAUGACUAUCCAUGCAGAACGUGAUCUUGUAGAUUCAUUCUGGGUAUAAAAAAACAUUUUUUGGCUCUCA